UCCCUCGUAAACCCUAGUUAGAGCGCCGCGGAUUGAGAGCAGACGCCGGAGCAAACCCUAGCCGGAGGCAGCGCAUCGUCGGCGGUGAGAUGGGGCGUGUGAGGACGAAGACCGUGAAGAAGUCGUCUAGGCAGGUGAUUGAACGCUACUAUUCGCGCAUGACUCUAGAUUUCCACACCAACAAGAAGGUCCUUGAGGAGGUGGCGAUCAUCCCCUCCAAGCGCCUCCGCAACAAGAUCGCCGGCUUCACCACCCACCUGAUGCGCCGUAUCCAGCGUGGCCCAGUCCGUGGCAUCUCCCUCAAGCUCCAGGAGGAGGAGCGCGAGCGCCGCAUGGACUUCGUUCCCGAUGAAUCGGCCAUCAAGGUUGACCAGAUCUUAGUUGACAAGGAGACCAUCGAGAUGCUUCAAUCCCUUGGUAUGGGUGACCUUCCCGGCGUUGAGAAACAGACCGAGGCUCCGUCCAUCCCUGUCUUCUCCGGCCGCCCUGGCUUCGCUGGCCGUAGGCCCUGAGGCAUAUCUCUACUACAUUUCUUAAAUUUCUUAUCUUUCUAAAGCUUUUAUUAAGUGUUCUGUGAUUUUUAGAUUUCUAAGUACUUUAAUUUUCUCCAAGUUGGUUUUGAUCUGUUGAAUGAGGAAUGGUGACUUUUUUUGGCUUGUUAUUGAAGUAUAUCUGCCUUUUUUAUUUA